AUGACUGAUGAAACCUUACAAAAUCAAACUGAGGUCCUUCAAUCAAUGCUUUCGCAAGGAAAGCCUUUGGUUGAACUCUUGCCACAAGCUUUUGCGGUGAUUAUUGAAGCUGAUAAGCGAGUGCUUGGGUUGGAGCCUUAUGAGGUCCAAGUUUUAGGAGGCCUUGCGCUUUUCUUUGGGAAUAUUGCGGAAAUUAAAACGGGUGAAGGAAAGACGCUGGUCGCAACACUCCCUCUUUAUGCGAGAGCUUUAGAAGGAAAAAAAGGAAAUUUUUUAAUCACGGCGAAUGAAUAUUUGGCUGAACGUGAUGGUCAAGAAAUGGGACGCGUUUUUGAGUGGUUAGGAUUAAGCGUAGGAAUUGGGGUUGGAGAUGAAGAGCAAGAUAUAGAAGGUAAACGCCGACUCUAUCACUCUGAUAUUAUUUAUACGACUCACUCAAAAUUAGGUUUUGAUUACUUGUUUGAUAACUUAGGCUCGAGUUUAUCAGACCAAGUCAUUUCUAAAUUCAAUUUUGCGAUUAUUGAUGAAAUUGAUGCCAUUCUAUUAGAUGGGGCUCAAACGGCUUUGGUUAUUUCAGGGAGCCCAAAAGUUCAGUCAAACUAUUAUCAAAUUUGUGAUUGGUUUAUUAAGAGUCUCGCUCCGGAAGACUAUGAAUAUAGCGAGGAUAAACGCCGUGUUUGGUUGACAGAGCGUGGUUUGGAAAAACUUAAAUCUUACUUUGAUAUAGAGGAUGUUUAUGGCGAAAAAUAUAAGGAUUUUUACCGACAUAUUGUUUUGGCUCUCCAAGCAAAUGCUUUGAAAAAAAGAGGGAAAGAUUAUGUGGUGAUUGAUGGGAAAGUCUUGUUAUUAGAUGUUGUCAAUGGACGAACGAUGCCUGGUGUUAAACUUCAAGGCGGGAUUCACCAAGCGAUUGAGAGUAAAGAGGGUGUUGAAGUCAGCAAGGAAAGUAAGACUUUAGGAACAAUCAGUUAUCAGAGUUUAUUUAAAAAGUUCGUUCGACUUUCUGGAAUGACAGGAACAGCCAAAACAGAUGAAAAAGAGUUUAUGGAAACCUAUCAUUUGCAGGUGGUUGAAAUACCUACUCAUGUCCCGACUCAACGCAAAGACCAAGCUGAUCAAAUUUAUGUGACGAAUCAAACGAAAAUCGAAGCCUCUAUUCAAGCCGUCAGAGAAGGAAUCGGUGAGGAACGCCCCGUACUGAUUGAAACGGGUUCCGUUUCAAUGUCAGAUUUAUAUUCUCUUGUUCUUUUGGAAAAUAAGAUUCCUCAUAAUUUAUUAAACGCUAGAACAGCAGCUCGUGAGCAACAAAUUAUUAGUGGGGCAGGGCGAGCGGGUGCAGUAACGCUUGCCACCUCAAUGGCUGGCCGUGGGACGGAUAUCAAACUCACUUCUGAAGCUAAAUCCAAUGGCGGACUAAAAGUCAUUGGAACAGAGCGGAUGAAUAAUAAGCGAAUUGAUAAUCAGUUGAGGGGACGAGCUGGUCGUCAAGGCGAACCAGGAGAAGCCGUUUUUUAUGUUUCUCUUGAAGAUAAAGUGAUUGUUGAAAACGCCCCUCACUGGGUCAGAAAAACCAGACGUUUUCUUUUGCAUCAAAUUUCGCAAGGCAAAAGGGGUUCAACAGAUCCUGUUCAUCGUAGACGGCUUAAUAGAGUGAUGGAUAAAGCACAAAAAAAAUUAGGAAACUCAGAAGUACAGUCGCGUAAAAAUACACUUGCUUUUGACACUAUUUUGAGUGAUCAACGCAAUCGAAUCUAUGAGGCUCGAAAUAAGGUGAUGGCGGAGAAUGAAGCCUAUUUUGAACAAAUUAUCGAAAAAGCGCUCCAUCAUGUCAUUUACACUUUCAUUUAUCAAUCUGAUGAUCUAUCUGUCCAUACCCUCUCUGACUUUAUUUUUAAUCACCUUAAAAGUGAUUAUCCAUUAAAAGAAAUUGAAGCUCACAUAGAUUCUACAAGUUCUAAAUCAGUAAUGUAUGAUUAUCUAUUUGGCCUUGCCCAAACCUUAAUUACUCAAUCUCUCCAUCGUUUUAAGGAUCCAGUACAAUUGCGUUAUUUUAAAAAGGUCAUCAUUCUAAGAGCAAUUGAUCAGGCAUGGGUUAAUCAACUUGAUUAUCUCCAACAAUUAAAAAAUAUGGUAAAUGGUCGAGGAAUGGCACAACAUAAACCUUUAAAUGAAUUUGGACGUGAAGCACGCCGCCGUUUUUUUGAAAUGGAAGAUGAAAUCUACCUUGGCGUUUUUAGAAGCCUUGCCUUGUCCGAAUUAAAAAUGAAAGAAGAUGGGACGAUUGAACUUGAAUUUCCUUAA